GAGCAAAUCCUUCUAGAGACGGAGACCCGGAGGAGGCAGCGGUCACUGUGCAGCAGCACUGUUUCCAACAGACAGAGAUUUAAGAUGAUCGACAGCCAGCUGUCAGCACAGAGGAGGGCGAUGAGGAGUCUUCCUGGAGACAUCGGCCUGCAGAAGACCAGCACCUACAUCGUGCCCUGCUUCCUCUUUGUGGAGCUGGUCAUCAUGGCAGGGACCGUUCUGUUGGCGUACUACUUUGAGUACACGGACACGUUCCCCGUGCACAUCCAGGGCUUCUUCUGUUUCGACAAAGCCUACUCCAAGCCGAACCCGGGACCGGAGGACAACAGCAAGGCGCCGCCCGUCCUCGUCUACUCCCUCGUCACCGCCAUCCCCACUGUGACGAUUCUGAUCGGGGAAGUGACCAGUUUCUUUGUGAAGACGGAGGGAGCUCAGGAGAAGACCAUAGUGACCGCCGACUGCUGUUAUUUCAACCCUCUCCUCCGCAGGAUUGUACGUUUUUUGGGUGUCUACUCAUUCGGGCUCUUCACCACCACCAUCUUUGCCAAUGCCGGUCAAGUGGUGACAGGAAACCAGACGCCGCACUUCCUGUCUGCCUGCAGGCCAAACUACACGGCUCUGGGCUGCCACUCUCCGCUGCACUACAUCGCCGAGCGCCGGGCCUGCACCGGAAACCCCUACCUGGUGGCGUCCGCCCGCAAGUCCUUCCCUUCCAAAGACGCGGCGCUCAGCUUUUACUCAGCCAUCUACACGGUGAUGUACGUGACCCUGGUGUACCGGACCAAAGGGACCCGUCUGACCAAGCCCACCUUGUGCCUGGUGCUGCUGUCUCUGGCCGUGCUGGUUGGGGUGGUGAGGGUGACUGAACACAGAAACCACUGGAACGAUGUCCUGGCUGGGUUUAUCACCGGAGGGGCCAUCGCUGCCUUCCUGGUUUCGUGUGUGAUCAACAAUUUCAAGCAGACCCAGAUAGCAAUGCAGACUCCUCCGCCUCCACAGCGUCCAGAGCACGCGAUGGGGCUUCCUCUCCUCAGCCUGCCCCGCGUGGAGAGUCCACUCGAAAAGCUCCAGGGCUACCGUAUUCUGAGAUCACAUGACCAUCAGCCAAUCCCGUCCCCCGCCCCUCCCGAUGUGCUCCUCCCCUCUCGGCGUUGCCUCACCAGCGCAGUCUAG